ACCCUCUCCGGUCUCCACCGCCCUGGCCGCGUGGAGCUCCGUCGGUAGCCUGCAGCGAUCCGGUCAUUCCCCUGCCCCGGUGCCUCCUGGCGCGCACAUCCAGUGUCUUGCACACCCGGGAGCGGCUAAGGCCGAGGGAAGGUAACUAUGCGGAUUUUUUGGUCUUUCUCCUUUACACCCGAGCCUCUCUACCCAAGGUUCUGAACAGAUGAAUCCUGGGGGCCGCCGCGGACUUUGAAAUCCCCAAACCCGCGUCUCCAAGGGCGGGCAGGGGAGUGUGAAAUUUUUCAUCAUUCAAGUCCUUCUGCCUGUGAGUGUGGUGACAACAAGACAUAUCCUCAAAAUGCAGGUGUGAUUGGUCAACAUAAAGUCGCCUGAGAAAACAACCCAGAGCAGGAGGAGGAAGAGGACAAUAUGGCUGCUUCUCAGGGACAGUUGACCUUCAGUGAUGUGGCCAUAGAAUUCUCUCAGGAGGAGUGGGCGUGCCUGGACCCAGCUCAGCGGAAACUGUACAGAGACGUGAUGUUGCAGAACUACAGGAACCUGGUAUUCCUGGGUCUUGCUGUGUCUAAGCCAGACCUGGUCACCUUUUUGGAGCACAUGAAGGAGCCCUGGGAGUUGAAGAGAAAAAGAACAGUAUCCAGACAGCCAGGCAGUAAGAUUGCAAAAUAAAAGCAGAGUGGAAACAGCAAGAAAAGUCUCAAAUCCUGCUCCCUGCAGCUGCCAUGCUAAAGCCACAUGAUGAAGAAAGAUUAGACAACACAGCAUCCAACAAUAUACAGGGGAGAAAGGACUGUGUCUUCAUAAAAAUGUCCACAGAAUAAUGUUAGUACGAAGUAGGUACUCUAUGAAUGUGAAGAAAGAGGUUCCUUUAUGUCAAUGAAAGAACUGGAUUUUUUCAUUUUACCUAUAUGUGAUUCAUACCAUAAAAUUUAGCCUUUCACAUGAAACAUUAGUGGGUUAUUAUAUAUUCACAAUUUUGUAAAAUCCUCAACUCUUACUUCAGAAUAUUUUCAUCACCUUCAAAUGAAAUCCCAUACACUCUAGCAAC